AUGGACCGACAUUCAGACAUGACGGGUCUAGGGCCUCGCCAUGACCCAAAUUCUCGAGUUCACAAGCCCGAAUCAGCUGCUGAUAAAAUGGCCGCCUUGAAAGCAAGAGUCGCUGCAGCGAUUGGAGGAAGUAAAGCGAAAGGAGGACUCAAUGUCGGGCUACACCCUGCGCUCGAAGGUCUUGGUCAAGCCAAGCCUCCGGGCUGGACGAGCGAUGGUAAACCGCCUCAACAUCGGCCCCAGGUCGACUCCAAUUCGUCCUCUGCCUCUGGUGCCAGAACGUCAGUCAUGUCAGGGCGCGGUCAAGAUAGCACACGAUUGAACCCAUAUCUUAGCGAGCAACAGGCAACACAACAGGCAGGAUCACGGCAGCGACAGUCUCGGCCACUGAAUUUUCACCCCCGGGGCAAAUUCAUUCAACAAGCCAAUGCACUGCGACGACAGGCUGCGUUGGAGGAAAUGAAGAAAAGAAUUGCGGCGCAAACAAGGAAGGCGGGCAUCGAUGAAGAAAUGGACAUGGAAAAAAACCUUGUGGUUGAAGCACCUCCAGAGAUCGAGUGGUUCGAUGAGGGGCUGGUUGAUGGAAAUUAUGACAAUAUCAACGAUGAAACUCGCCUGAAAAUUGCGGCAGAGGAUACCAUUAUCACCGAAUAUAUUCAACACCCCGUUGCACUAGAGCCACCGCAGGAACGGAACAUGCCGGCACCGAAAGCCAUGUAUCUGACUUCGAAAGAGCAGGCAAAACUUCGAAGGCAGAGGAGAAUGGCCGAAUUGAAGGAGCAGCAAGCAAAGAUUAGGCUCGGACUUGUACCGGCUCCGCCUCCCAAGGUUAAGAAGAGCAACAUGAUGCGUGUCUACGCGGACUCGGCAGUCAAGGAUCCAACGGCUGUGGAAAACCUUGUCAACCGUCAGAUCGCGGAACGGCAACAAAAACACCUUGAAGCAAAUGAGGAUCGCAAGCUUACCAAAGAGGAGAAACACGAGAAACUGAUUGCCAAUCAGGAGAAGGACGCUGCCAAGGGAAUCCAUAUCCUGGUGUUCAAGAUCGACAGUCUUGCAAACGGACAGCACAGGUUCAAAAUUGGAAAGAACGCCGAACAAUACUCGCUCACUGGCAUCUGUAUCAUGCAUCCAAAAAUGAAUCUCGUCAUUGUUGAAGGGGGCGAGCACAGCAUCCGGAAGUACAAGCAGCUCAUGCUCAACCGCAUUAACUGGACCGAGAAUUCACCGUCACGCGAAGGCACCAUACAGCAAGAAGGUCGGGAGUGGCUGCUAGCAGAGAACGAGAAGGGUGACUUGAAGGACAUGUCACAGAAUGAGUGUAGGUUGGUUUUUGAGGGUGAAGAAAAGACAAGGGGUUUCCGCAAAUGGGGAAGCAAGGUGUGUGAGUCCGAUGCCGAGGCCAAGGAUGUGUUGUCAAGGGCGAAGAUGGACAACUUAUGGGCACUUGCGAAGAAUAUGUAG